AUGGUUUCAAACAAUGCUGUUCCGAUGAAAUUAGAAAGUUCUGACAGAAGAUAUGUAGUUGUCAGAACGUCAGAUUCUCAUAUGCAAGAUACAGAAUAUUUUGACGACUUAGCAGAAAGUUUGACAUCUGACUUUUACAACCACUUGUUCUCAUAUUUUAUGACAUUAGAUAUUUCUAAGUUCAAUCCAAGACAAAUUCCACAUACCGAAGAGAGACAAACAUUGUUAGAAGCAAACAAGAGUGUAUAUGAACUGUUCAUAGAUGAAACUGACUUUGAGUGUUUAGAUGAAAGGUCAUUGUACGAUUCGUAUAAACAAUAUUGUCAAGAAUAUGGUUAUAUGACAGCGUCUAAACGAACAUUCUUGGCAAAUGUCAAAAGUCUUUUAGACAUACAGAAUGGUGUAUAUACAAAGAAAAAUUUUUAUGAGUAA